AUGUCAGUCANAGCAAGAAUUGGUUUGGCACAGGCUGUGGUGAAUGUAUCAAACAAGAUUUGGGCUUUUAUUGAUGAAAUAUUUGAGGUUACUAUUCUGUAUAACAUGACUCAACAGCUGACUUUGAGAUUAACGCACACUGAAACACAUGUUGAGCUCAUCCUUACUCUAGCUUAUGCCAAAUGUGAUCGCAUUGAAAGAAUUGAACUAUGGGAUUCUUUGUAUGUGAUGACAUCAGAUAUGACAGUACCAUGGCUAGUUGGAGGCGACUUUAAUGUGAUAUGGGAUGAGGAAGAAAAAUUUGGAGGAUUACCAGUUUCUCUCAUUGAAGUAGAUGACUUUAGGCACUGCAUCAAUACCUGCAACUUGACAGACUUGGGAUUUAAAGGAAGCAUAUUUACAUGGUGGAAUGGAAGAUCAGAGAAAGACUAUAUUUUUAAAAGAUUGGACAGAUGUUUGGGCAAUCAUGAAUUGCAACAGACUUUUCCUGGAUUGGAGCUUAAGAAAGCACUAUCUACCUGGAGCAGAGCUACAUAUGAGGAUAUAUUCCAGAAGAUUGCAAGCCUUGAGGAGGUAGUCCUGGUUCAUGAAAGACAUUUUGAAGUCAAUCCUACACAGAUGAAUAGACAAAGAUUACAACAGGUACAAGUUGAAAUGAUUAAAUAUCUUGCGUUAGAGGAAGAAUUUUGGAGACAAAAAGCUGGCAUGUUAUGGUUCAAAGAUGGCGAUAGAAAUACUAAAUUCUUCCAUGCUCAAGUUAAUGGGAGAAGGAAGAGACUGAAAUUAUCAAGGAUCCAGAAUAGCCUUGGUAACUGGAUUGAAGAAGAUCACUUAAUAGCAGAAGAAGCAAUAAGUUUCUACAAGGAUCAAUUUACUGAUAGUGCAGUCCCAAAUAAUUUUGAUAUUCUAAAUCAUGUACCUUCAAUGGUAGAUAGUGAUCAGCAUGAAAGAUUGAUGGCAUUGCCUUCCAAUGAAGAAUUGAAGAGAGCAGUUAUGGGGUUGAAUGAGGACUCAGCUGGUGGACCGGAUGGUUUCAUUGGAGCAUUUUACCAAACAUGCUGGGAAAUUAUUGAAGAAGAUGUUGUCCAAAUGGUCAAGGCUUUCUUUUGCGGUCAGCAACUGCCAAAGAGUGUUACGCACACAAACCUGAUUUUAUUAUCAAAGAAAAAAGAAGUUAUGACCUUUGUAGAUAUGAGACCAAUCAGUCUUAGUAACUUUGUUAACAAGAUUUUCUCUAGGGUUAUUCAUGAGAGAUUGGUUGAAUUACUACCAAACAUAAUCUCAGAGGAACAGGCAGGUUUUGUGAAGGGCAGGAGCAUAGUUGAGAACGUACUGUUAACUCAAGNCACACUAACCUGUAUUUCUGUGGAUUUGGAAUGCCAAAAUGGAGCCCAAAAAUAA